GCCAUUUUGUUUCGUGUACGAGCUUGGGGAAGUGAAAUUGUGAAAAAUUGAUGCAAAAGGAAAGGAGUGCCGCGUCAUCCAUUGUGUCCGUUAAUUGGUGUGUUCAGUGCGUAUGAUCGGCGCCGCUGCAAGAGACAAAAUAACGAUAAAGAUAUCGAAUAAUAGCAUGAAGAGAAGUAGUGACAGGGACACUCCGCCAAGAAGCAAACGAUCCCGCUCGAGUAUGGGGCGAUACGACGACAGUUCCGACGAGAGGAUCACUCCGGACAGGGUCCGAAGGCGCGGGAGCCGGGGCGCGCGCUCGCCCAGCCCCAGAGCGGCGCGCUACGUGUCCCCGCACCGCGACGAGUACAUGCGCCCCCCUCCGGAGAGGGCCGCUUACCCCUACAAAGUGUUGUGCGUGAGUGCGCUGCACCCCAAAGCCAGCGACGAAGUGAUCAAAGACACCAUAUACCGGGAGUACAAGAAAUUCGGGGAUUUUAGCAUAAGAAUCACGCACGACAUGGAGGAGCGCGUGGCUUAUGUUUGCUUUAGAAGCCCUGAGGACGCGCGCGACGCCAAGCAUGGCAAGCCUCGUAUCAUCAUCUAUGACAAAGUGGCCAUCGUGGAGGCUGUUUAUGAAGUUCCCCGUUCUGCUGAUGUUUAUAGGAGCAGGCCUAGAUCCAUAAGCCCCGAAUAUGAUAGGCAUUAUUAUGCCCGUUCUCCUGAUCGCCUGCGACCUGUCGAUCGCUAUGAUAGGGCCUACGGGCCCCCACCUGGUGUGCCUGUACACCGCGAAUACAGGAGAGAGGCAAUGGCAGCCCCACAUCAUGAUUAUAUUGCUAGGGCGCCGAUGGGCCACCACGGUCCCCCAGGCCAUAUGCCUCCAGGUUACGGGGCGCCAAGACAACACGCUCCGCGCCAACCCUUUGAUAAAUCUGAGAACAAAAAAGAUAAAUUCCCCAAUUACUUGCACCAUGUUCAACCUGAAGAUGAUCCGCUUGCCACCCGAACGUUGUUUGCUGGCAACUUGGAAAUUAAUAUAACAGAGGAGGAACUGAGAAGGAUUUUCACCAGGUAUGGUGUUGUUGAAGACAUCGACAUUAAAAGACCUCCACCUGGUACCGGAAACGCGUUUGCUUUCGUAAGAUAUCACACUCUAGAUAUGGCUCAUAGAGCCAAAGUUGAGCUGUCUGGACAGUACAUUGGCAAAUUUCAAUGCAAAAUUGGUUACGGUAAAGCAACCCCAACAACAAGAAUCUGGAUUGGUGGCUUGGGACCUUGGACCUCCAUACCUCAAUUGGAAAGGGAAUUCGAUAGGUUUGGUGCUAUCAAAAAGAUCGACUAUGUUAAAGGGGAAAAUCACGGGUACAUUUUGUACGACAGUAUCGACGCCGCGCAGGCGGCCGUUAAAGAAAUGCGCGGUUUCUCGUUGGCACCGGAUCGUAGACUGAGAACGGAUUUCGCGGAUGUGACGCCCGGCGUAGGUUACAGACCGAAGGCGCCGUAUCACGGGGGCGCCGAACCACCCGAAGGCGGAGAAUUCAGAAGGGCCGAUUACGAUUACGAAUACGAGGGGGGCGAGGGUAGCUACAGGGGCGGCGGAUACAGAGGCCGCCCUGCGUAUCCGGAAAGAAGAGCGGGCAGUAGGGGCCCGUACAGGUACCCGGAGGGCGCGGAAGACGAGUGGGGCCGAACUCGCGACGGCGAAUACGAUCGUAGGCGUUCGGGUUCGCGCGGGGCCGACCGAUCGCGCUCUCGUUCGGCGCGGAGGUCGCCCGAUUCGGACUCCGACGGCGGAUCGCGCAGGGCCGGUCUCCUAGCUUCGAGCAGGACGUUGCCCGAGGUGGCUAGAAAGUGCACGACCGUCUGGCAGGGGGCGCUGAUCCUGAAAAACUCGCUUUUCCCCGCCAAGUUUCACUUGAUCGACGGCGAUACGGACAUAGUCGACGGUUUGAUGAAAGACGAGGACGGUAAACAUCAGCUGAGAAUAACGCAGAGAUUGCGUUUGGAUCAGCCGAAACUGGAGGACGUACAGAAACGCAUAUCGGGUGCCAGUUCGCACGCGAUUUUCUUGGGGCUUGCCGGCUCGACCGCGUCCGUCACGAACGACGAUGUUACGGUGCAAACUAGGCCGCUAAGGAAUCUGGUGUCGUAUUUGAAACAGAAAGAAGCUGCAGGUGUUAUUUCCUUACUAAAUAAGGAAACUGAAGCAACUGGGGUUUUGUAUUCCUUUCCUCCCUGUCCCUUCUCCACUGAACUCCUUAAGCGUACUUGUCCCAACCUUUCUGAUGAAGCAAUCAAGGAAGACCAUCUUAUUAUAGUUGUGGUACGUGGUGGUACUGCCUAGAUCCUUUUUUUGUCCUUAUUUUUACCACAUUAUUAUAUACACAAUAUGUAAUUUAUUUUAUACUUUACACAGCAUAUCAUAUAUACAAGUAUAGUCAUUGCGUGUUUUUAUAGUUAUUAACUUUAUUGAGAAGGAUUAUUUUAUAUAUUCUAUGACUUUAUUAAAAUGACUAUGCUUAUUAUAUAUAUUUUAUAUAUUAUUUUUUAUAUACGAGCAUUUUUGUUACAACUAAAACUUUAACACAUUAUUCUACAUACAUAUUUAAAUUGGUCAUAUUUACACAACAUACUUUGUCUAAAGUAAAAUUUAUUUCAGGAAAUUGGAGAUCAACGAUAAAUUUUUGUAAUAUAAAUUUGUUAGUGUUAAUGUUCCUGAAGAAAUGAUUGUAUGUAAUAUUGUGAAGUGGAUUAGUUUUAGUGGUUGCAGUUCUUUCUCAUUUUCUUUUUAUAAUUUUAGUGUAACAUUUAAUAACAUAAGUACUGCAAGGAUUUAUCUAAUAUGUGAAAGAACUGUACUGUGUAUUAGUGUAGAGAUUUUUGCAAAAACUUUAAGUACCAAUUUCAAAAUUAAAUUAACAUUGUGAUGUAGUGUUAAGUUUUUCAGUGAAUAAUUGUUCAUUUCAUUAGACAUGUAAACUACUAAAUAUUGGUAUUGUUUCUUCUUUAAUAGUGAAUGUGAAAUAGAUAAGUUCUUUCAGACAAUUGUGUUGUUUUUCAAAUUCCUUGUGAAAGUGGUGCCACGAUGGAUUAUGGCUGGGUUUGUUGUUUGGUUUAUUGGUUAGUUAGUUGACAAGUGCAAAAGUAACUUAUUUUUCCUAUUUAAUCAAAAAAUGUGCCAGUGGUGUUUACUUUUGCACCUGCUUAGGAUCGUGCUAAAUUCAAAUCUGCAUUUAAAAAAAUUAAAAGUUGUGAUCAAAUUUAAGUGUAUUGGCCCAAAUUUAAUCAAAUUUUUUCAGAUCAACACAGUGCUUCAUUCACCUUUUGGUGAUAGUUUUAUCAAGUGCAAAUUUAGUGGCUUUUAAUUAUUUAUUUUUCUUCCUUAAAGUGAACAAUUUUCAAAUCUUUCUAAAAUUCACUGUGCUAAGUGGUCUUUCAAAUGUGAUAAAAUAAGUCUGAAUACUUGUAAAG